AUGAGACAGAGAACACAAGAGAUAGAGAUGAAAAAAAUAAUUGGUUAUAUCAGUAUAACGGAUGCAGUCGUAGUAAAAAACAAUUCCUUCACUAAACAAAAUAAUGUGACAGAAAAUAUUACAAGCAAUACUACUUCUGAAACUGUUACUCGAACACUCGAACAAAGUUACGAAAACUCAACAGAAACUAUAAAUAAAAAUGAGAUAAAAUCAAAUACUCAACUUGAUAAUGAUAACAUAACGAUUGGGAAAAUUAGCCCUAAACCUUCAAAAAUAACAAACAGCAAUAAGGAAGAAACCAAAAAGAUAUCAGGGCACUAUAAAAAUAAUUUAAGAAAAAGAAGGUCAACACCACUCGUUUACGAUUACAUAACCCAUCAUGGCCCAAAAAGUAAUGGAGAAUUGGAAAAUGAAGGUAUUGUACUAAAUUCGAGUUUAGCCGACUUUCUAAUAAAGACAUCCCAUGAUAGAUUGACACCUAGUGAUACAAUUGAAAUAAAUCAAGAUAAACAAUCACAAGAAGAGAAUCACUAUGAAAACGACAAUUUUAAGGAAAAAUCAUAUAAACCACACAAUAAGAAGAGUCAAGAAAUAGACGAAAGUAGUGAAAGUUCUAGUGUAUCAAGAGAAGAUGAAGAGAGUACAGAAAUAUCAAACCAGGGAAAAAAUUAUAAUGAUGAUUCUAGGGAAAAUAAGUACAAUGGUGAUGUACGAGACGAAAUACCGAAUUCAGAAAACUACAACAGUCGUGAAGUCAACAGAGGAUUAUUGAACAAGGAUAUAUCUUAUUUAAAUGCUGGCGAAACAAAUUCGAGAGAAGCGGGUGUUAUUGGUAAAGAAGAUAUUCGUUCAUCAGAAUCCAACAGUUCUGAAAGUGACGAAGAGAAAUCUUUUAAUUCAGAAGAAAACACAAGUGAACACCGUGAUAAAAUACAAUUUAAAGUACCCGUACAGAGUCACAGUAGUGCGGAAGGUACAAGUGAUAGUAAUGAAAGUAUAGAGUUAAAAAUACCCAUUGUACCAUCAGUGUCUACCAAUAGUUAUAGGAAUGAUAAUAAAAGCAAUGGAAAAAAUGGAUUUAAUAGUGAGAGUAACGAAAGUGAAGAAAACACUGAUCUAAUACCAAAGGUAAGUAAAUAUAACGAUGAAAUCAAGCAAAGUGAAGAAAUAGACAAGGAAGAAGAAAAUAAUGUACUUGUUGGAAACAACAGAAAAUCUCAAAAUGAUGACUAUCCAACAGAAAAAUUUAAAAAUAACGAUCUGAAUUUGAAUGCCAACGUUAGUGACGAAAGUACUGAACAGUCAAAUGAUGACCACAACAAAGAGUCUUUUAUUUCGAAAACUAUAAUUCCUGACGUAGACGUUGAUCUAAAUACUUUUGAUGCUGGAUUGAAUGAUUCUUUACAUAAAAAUAAUUCUAAACUAAGAAACAUCCAUGAUGACGAAGUCAAACCAGUCAAGGAACUCAAUGAAGACAGUAGUGCUGAAUCGAAUGAAGAAAAUUAUAAAUAUGUACAAACACUACCUGAUAAAAAUGUCAACAGUACAAAAAUUUAUUCACCACAGUUAGAUACCAAUGAACAAACAUCACCCAAGCCUCAAAAUGACGAAUUUGAUGAAAACUUGAACAUCAAAUUCAGUGACAUAUCGUUAAAAUUACCUGAAAUUAUACUACCUGAUGAUAUUUUAUCUUAUAAUUAUGAGAAACCAGUUUCUUCAAAACAAAAAACAAGUAAUUCGCACAAUGAUGAGUCUAGAGAAGAUGAGUUGAAGACAGAGAAAACUCCCUAUGAACAUGACGACGAAAAUUACACGUCCUUUAGUAAAAGUUACAAAACAAACGAUAAACAAAGUUCCGGCGAAAAAGAUGAAGAUUAUGAAGAUGAAGAUUUGUAUGAAAAAUUUGUUCGGGAAAGAUUUGGAAAGCGAACAUUAAAGGAGGCGAAAAAUUCUAAGUAUAUAAAGCCUAAUAAAGAGUUAUUUAACACUAUACACAAUGUACUAAAAAAGACUGAAAAAAUACAACAGGAAGCAGAAAAGAGCGGUGACCCUAACGCUAGCUACGCUUGGACGUUAGAAUACGGUGAAAGUUUAUAA